AUGAUUUACCAAACACAUCUAUCUAUCUAUCUAUCUGCAAUAUUCAUAAGGAUUAAUCUAUCUAUCUAUCUAUCUAUCUAUCUAUCUAUCUAUCUAUCUAUCUAUCUAUCUAUCUACCUAAGGCUGUUUCUUUCUACCUAUAUCAGUCUCUAUGUAACUCAGUGUGUUUCUUUCUUUCUAUCUAUCAAUCUCAGUGUUUCUUUCUUUCUUUCUUUCUAUCUAUCUAUCUUUCUUUAUCUAUCUGUUUCUGUCCCUCCCCAAUCUCUUUAUUUAUCUAUUUAUCUAUCUGUUUCUGUCCCUCUCACUCUCUCUUUAUUUAUCUAUCUGUUUUUGUCCCCCCUCUCUCUCUACCUAUCUAUUUAUCCAUCUAUCUAUUUCUGUCCCUCUCUCGCUCUCUCUCUCUCUCUCUAUCUAUCUACCUAUCUAAUUCUAUCCCUCCUUCUCUCUCUCUCUCUCUCUCUAUCUAUCUAUCUAUCUAUUUCUGUCCCUCCCCCUCUCUCUAUCUAUCUAUCUAUCUAUUUCUGUCCCUCUCUCUCUCUCUCUCUCUCUUUCUGUCGUUCCCUCUCUCUUUAUCUAUCUAUCUAUCUAUACAUACAAAAACCCUGA